AUGAGUGUCGUAAAAAGAUGAAAACGCUUCCAUGUGAGCUCGUUCAUGCGGCAGUGCUAGCUGACUUGUCUUUAGACUGCUAGUAGAUAGGCUGGAAUAAUCAUUCAAGUGUGUCAACAAAUAGAGUUUGAUUGCAGUCAUGGAAGGAUCGGAUGAGUUUAUGAAAUAUCGCUCCCCGCUGGUUUCCAGAUAUGCCAGCAAGGAGAUGGCCUACAACUUCAGUGACAGGAAGAAAUUUACAACCUGGAGAAAACUGUGGAUCUAUCUGGCCAAGGCUGAAAAGGCGCUGGGUCUGCCCAUCAGCGAGGCCCAGGUGGUGGAGAUGGAGGGCCACGCCGAGGACAUCGACUUCGCCAUGGCAGCGGACGAGGAGCGCAAGCUGAGGCACGACGUCAUGGCUCACGUGCACACCUUCGCCCACUGCUGCCCCGCCGCAGCGCCCAUCAUCCACCUGGGUGCUACUUCCUGCUACGUGGGGGACAACACCGACUUGAUCAUGCUCCGGGACGGAUUUGACAUCCUGCUGCCGAAGCUGGCUAGGGUUCUGGAUAGACUGGCUAACUUUGCAGAGAAAUACGCUGACCUCCCCACGCUGGGCUACACACACUACCAACCGGCCCAGUUGACCACGGUGGGGAAGCGGGCCUGCCUGUGGCUGCAGGACCUGGCCAUGGACAUGAGGAACCUCCAGCGUGCCCGAGACGACCUGCGCUUCCGGGGGGUGAAGGGCACCACGGGCACACAGGCCAGCUUCCUGCAGCUGUUCCAGGGGGACCACGACAAGGUGGAGGAUCUGGACAGAAUGGUGACCGAGAUGGCUGGCUUCAAAAAGUCCUACCUGGUGACAGGGCAGACGUACAGUCGCAAGGUUGACAUCGACUCUUUGUCAAGCCUGGCCAGUCUAGGAGCCACCAUUCAUAAGAUCUGUACUGAUAUCCGUUUGCUGGCUAACCUGAAGGAGAUUGAGGAGCCCUUUGAGAAAGAACAGAUAGGUUCCAGUGCCAUGCCCUACAAGAGGAACCCCAUGCGGGCGGAGCGCUGCUGCAGCCUGGCUCGCCACCUGAUGGCGCUGCUGAGCAACCCCAUGCAGACGGCCUCCGUCCAGUGGCUGGAGAGGACGCUGGACGACAGCGCAAACAGGAGGAUCUCUCUGCCGGAGUCGUUCCUGACGGCCGACAUCAUCCUCAGCACGUUGCAGAAUGUGACCGAGGGGCUGGUGGUCUACCCCAAGGUCAUCGAGAGACACAUCCGCCACGAGCUGCCCUUCAUGGCCACGGAGAACAUCAUCAUGGCCAUGGUGAAGGCCGGAGGGAACAGACAGGACUGCCACGAGAAGAUCCGCGUGCUGUCCCAGCAGGCUGCCGCGGUGGUGAAGCAGGAAGGCGGAGACAAUGACCUGCUGACCCGGGUCCAGGCAGACCCCUACUUCAGCCCCAUCCUCUCUCACCUGGACACCAUCUUGGACCCCAAGACCUUCAUCGGCCGAGCGCCCCAGCAGGUUGCCAGAUUCCUCUCUGAGGAGGUUCGCCCAAUGCUGGAGCCGUACAAAACCAAAAUGGAUGUCAAGAUUGAACUUGAGCUCUGAGACAUUGAAAGCUGUGUUGACAUUGGUGACUGUUACACUGAAUAAAAUAAGAUAUAUUUCAGCUAAAA